AUGCCGGGCACGAAGACGAAGACGGCCGGGACCGGCGUCGCGCUAUCGUCGCCCUGGCCCAGCAUUAGCAACGCCUCCUCCUCCGUCGGCAGGCCUCCUCCACUUGUGCUCGGACAGGAAGACGCGCGCCGCCGUCCGCCGCCGCGUUGGAACGCGAGCGCCGGUCUGGUUGAGGUUCCAGCGGUUCCGGUUGAGCGGCGUGACCACCGUCAGGCCCGUCUCCCACGGGAUCCGCCUGCCCGGCCGGUGGCACCUCGAGUUGAGCAGCUCUCUUCCGACCGGUCCUGCUCCCCGGCGGAUGCGCCCGAGCAGCCGCCGCAGCUCAGGUCGCCGGAGGCCCGCAUCGGCUCGUACAAGAAUGACGCCGUCGUGAACCGCCGGCACACGCGUGCGAUGUCGAGCUGCCGCCGCUGCUCUGCCCCGAGCGCCCGUCGCCUCGUCCUCGCCACCGCCGCGCUCGGCCCCAGGAUCGCCGCCUCCUCGGACGGCCGCGACGAGCUCGACUUCGGCGACGACGACGGCGACGGCGACGUCCUCGACGACGACCCCACCGCCGACGGCUUGACCGUGCCGCUGUCCUUUAGCGCAAGCCGAAGCCGUCGCUGCUGUCGGCGCCCUCGCGAUUCUUCUCCUCGCCGCCCGCUCGCGGCGCCCGACCUUUCGUCCCCGGCGCCAGCAGUCGCCCGCCGCCUCGCAUGGCCUCGGCCCGGCGGCGGCCGGGAUGGACUGCCGCUCGACUGGCACACCGAGGGCCCCGGCCGCCGCGUCGGCUACGAGGACCUGACGGCCAUUGACUGGAUCUUCGAAUAUACAAAGGAGCGCCAGAGGCUGCGCGCGCUGUCGAGCGCGAGCGGUCUGCUCGGCUACUUCAAGCACCUGCUGGAUGCCAGCCAGGUCUGGAUUGUCCUGGUCCUCACCGGCCUCCUCGUCGGCGCCAUUGCUGCCGUCAUCGACAUCACAACCGACUGGCUGGCCGACCUCAAGCUGGGAUUCUGCUCCAGCGGCCCUGAGGGAGGACACUUUUACCUCAACAAGAACUUCUGCUGCUACGGAUACGACCAGGGCUCCAACUGCCUGGGCUGGAAGUACUGGAGCGAUGCCCUCGGCGUCCAUGGCGGCGGCGGCAAGUGGGUUAUUGAAUACUUCUUCUUCCUCGUCUUUUCAGUCACUCUGGCAUACUGCGCUGCCCUGCUUGUUCAGGAGUAUGCCAUCCUCGCCAAGCACAGCGGCAUCCCGGAGAUCAAGACCAUCCUGGGCGGCUUCGUCAUGCGCAGGCUGCUCGGGACCUGGACGCUCGUUACCAAAUCGCUCGGCCUGAUUCUAGCCGUCGGCUCUGGCAUGUGGCUGGGAAAGGAGGGCCCGCUUGUUCACGUCGCCUGCUGUUGCGCAAACCUCUUCAUCAAACUCUUUGGCAACAUCAGAUACAACGAGGCUCGCAAGCGAGAGGUGCUCUCUGCGGCCGCCGCAUCGGGCAUUUCGGUUGCGUUUGGCUCCCCCAUCGGCGGCGUCUUGUUCAGUCUCGAGCAACUCUACUACUUCCGGACAAGACCAUCCUUGGACCCCUUUCGCUCCGGCAAGCUCGUCUUGUACCAGACAAAGUACAGCGUCGACUGGCACGGCUUCGAGAUUGUCCCCUAUGCGCUCCUGGGCAUCUUCGGGGGCGUGUACGGCGGCCUCUUCAUCAAGGCCAACAUGGCCGUGUCGGCCGUGGCGCUGUUGACGGCCCUCAUCAACUACCCCAACUACAUGAAGGUGCAGUCGUCGGAGCUCGUGUCCAACCUCUUUGCCGACUGCGCGCGGGUCCUCGACGACCAGGUCGGCCUGUGCAAGACGGGCGCUGCGUCGGCCAGCACCAUUGUCCUGCUCAUCUUGGCCGCCGUGCUGGGCUUCCUGCUCGCCACAAUCACGUUUGGCCUGCAGAUCCCCGCGGGCAUCAUCCUGCCGUCCAUGGCCAUUGGCGCCCUCACGGGCCGCGCCGUCGGCAUCGUCAUGGAGAUCUGGGUUGCCAGCCACCCGGGCUUUAUCGUCUUCGCGUCGUCGUGCGCGCCCGACACCCCCUGCGUCACGCCCGGCACCUACGCCAUCGUCGGCGCCGCGGCGGCCCUCGCCGGCGUCACGCGCAUGACCGUGUCCAUUGUCGUCAUCAUGUUUGAGCUCACGGGCGCCCUGACGUACGUGCUGCCCAUCAUGGUGGCCGUCAUGCUGUCCAAGUGGGUGGGCGACGCCUUUUCGCGCCGCGGCAUCUACGAGUCGUGGAUCCACCUCAACGAGUACCCCUUUCUCGACAGCAGCGAGGAGAUUGCCAUCCCCGACGUGCCCGCCGCCCAGAUCAUGACGCGCAUCGAGGACCUCGUCGUCCUCACCGCCACGGGCCACAGCAUCGCCUCCCUCACCACCAUCCUGCACAUGCACCCCUACCGCGGCUUCCCCGUCAUCUCGGACCCGCGCGACGCCGUCCUGCUCGGCUACAUCUCACGCGCCGAGCUGAGCUACAACAUCCGCACCGCCGCCGCGCCGCCGCGCUCCCUGCCGCCCGACACCGAGGUCUUCUUCGCCCACCAGCCCCUCGCCGACCCGCGCUCCACCCUCGACCUGCGCCCCUGGAUGGACCAGACGCCCCUGACCCUCCCCUCGCGCACCAGCCUGCACCUCGCCGUCUCCUACUUCCGGAAGCUCGGCCUGCGCUACGUCCUCUUCAGCGACCGUGGCGUCCUCCACGGCCUGCUGACCAAGAAGGACGUCUGGUACGUCCUCGACGGCGGCGGCGACGACGACGCCGCUGCCCGCCGCGCUGGCCUCUCCCCCCGCGCCGCCGUCGCCGCCGAUGGGACUGCGCGCCGCGCCUCCUCGCUCGAGGAGGCGGGGGUCGAGGAGCGCGGGCUGCUGCGCGGCGAGGAUGCGACGACGGAUGACGGAGAGGGCAUGGCCGACGAGGAUAGACGCUCGAUACUGUAG